AAACUUAAACAGAUACUGUCAAAGUCCACACUCAUGAGCAACUAACUCAAGUGCAAAAUGAGAUCUGAGAAGUUGACUCUGAUAAUGGUGAAUCUGGCCGGAAUAAUGGAAAGGGCCGACGAGUCUUUACUACCCGGAGUCUAUAAAGAAGUUGGACAAGCCUUUGACAUUGAUCCAACUAGCUUAGGCUCACUCACUCUCUUCAGAUCCAUGGUCCAGUCUGCUUGCUACCCUUUGGCUGCUUACCUUGCCCUACAUUACAACCGGGCCCACGUCAUUGCUCUUGGUGCUUUUCUGUGGGCCACUGCCACCUUCUUAGUUGCCUUCUCCUCAUCUUUCUUGCAGGUUGCGAUUUCAAGAGGAUUAAAUGGAAUAGGGCUUGCCAUUGUGAUACCAGCCAUUCAAUCACUUAUUGCUGAUUCAACUGAUGAUAGCAAUCGCGGUGUAGCGUUCGGAUGGCUUCAAUUUACUGGAGGCCUUGGAUCAAUUAUUGGUGGAUUUGUUUCUGUACUGAUCGCUUCAACGUCGUUUAUGGGAAUCCCUGGUUGGCGAAUUGCAUUCCAUUUAGUCGGAUUGAUAAGUGUUGUAGUUGGUAUUUUGGUCCGCCUUUUUGCUCAUGAUCCCCGGUUCUCUGAUGACAAGCCGCGAAUUCCACCCCAGUCAUUUUGGUCUGAAACAAAGAACAUGUAUGCAGAAGCCAAGACGGUUAUCAACAUUCCAUCUUUUCAGAUUAUUGUGGCACAGGGAAUCUCAGGCUCGUUUCCCUGGUCAGCAUUGUCAUUUGCACCAAUGUGGUUAGAACUGAUUGGCUUUUCGCACAAAACAACAGCCCUCUUGUGGACUACCUUUGCUGUGGCUACUUCAAUUGGUGGUCUUUGUGGAGGAAAAUUAGGGGAUACUCUGGCAAAACACUUUCCUGAUUCCGGGAGGAUAAUACUUUCACAGAUAAGCGCGGGAUCGGCCAUCCCUUUGGCAGCAAUACUGUUGCUGGCAAUUCCUGAUAACCCUUCCACCGCUUUCACUCAUGGUCUAGUCUUCUUCAUAAUGGGAUUGAUCAUAUCCUGGAACGGAUCAGCUACAAACAAUCCAAUAAUGGCAGAAAUUGUUCCUGAAAAAUCCCGGACAAGCAUUUAUGCACUGGACCGUUCAUUUGAGUCCGUGUUAGCAUCAUUUGCGCCCCCUACAGUUGGAAUACUAGCUCAAUAUGUUUUCGGUUAUAAGCCAAUCCCAAAGGGCUCGACAGGGUCACAAGAAACUAAGGCUGACAGAGAGAAUGCUGCGCCUCUAGCCAAGGCUCUUUAUGCAGCUAUUUUCUUUCCAAUGGUAAUAUGUGUAUUCAUCUACUCAUUCUUAUACUGUACAUACCCCAGAGACAGAGACCAGGCAAGAAUGGAUGCCAUGGGAGCAUUAGAAAUCGAUAAUUUGGAGUGUGAAAUUCGAGAUUCAGGAAAAGAAUACUUGCAGCUUUCUGUAACAAGAUCGGAUGAGUUGCAUGAAAAAGACAGGGACAAUCAAGUAGAAGGAAGUAUUGAUUAUGAUGAGAAUGAUACCAAGACAUUACUUCCCCAAUAACAACAAGUUUUCACAUACCAUCCCUUGCAUGGAUUGUAAUUGGGUGGAGGAGUUUCUUGUGAGCCUGUGAAAUCUUGAAUUAUUUGUGACACCGAAAUGUUGCUGAAUUCUUGAAUUAUUACCAGUUGUUAUCCUUCAUAAAGAUGUGGGUGCUGAAAUAUUUUGGGAUAGACUUGAAUUCCUGGAACGGAUUAGUAGGUUUACUUCGGCCGCAGG